AUGUCGAAGAAUAUUAAGCAUUUAGUGGUGGACACAACCGCAUUUAUAAAGGCAGCUAGUUUACAAGAUAUCGCUGAAAAUGUUUACACAGUGCAAGAGGUUAUUGAUGAAAUUACUAACGACAGACAACGCAGAAAACUCGUAGUGCUACCGUAUGACCUAAUCGUCAAAGAUGUCUUCACUGAGAACAUUAAAUUUGUGACUGAUUUCUCCAAAAAGACUGGCGACUACCGCAGUCUCUCGGCAACAGAUAUAAAGGUAAUAGCACUAACUUAUCAGUUGGAGAAAGAAAAAGUGGGUACUGAUCAUCUCAAAACUGAACCAACAACACAGAAAGUUGUCAAAGUAACUGGUUUAGCCAACUACAACUCGAAUGGAAAUUCUGCUGAUGAUUCAGAAAAGAUCAACCAAGAAACUGGGGAACCGUCAGAGAAGACAGAUGGAGAAACAGGCGAAGUUAACACUGUAGACAAAAUAGUUCCUCAAACGGAUAACAUUGCAAGUAAUGAAGACAAUGGCAAUGAUGAUGAGGAGAUGGAAGCAGAAGAAAUUGCUGAACAAAUAAAAAAUAUGGACAUUAAAGAGGAAAAUGUAGAUGAAAUCAUUGUUAAGGUUAAUGAAGAGGAAGAGCAGUCUGAGAGUGAGGAGGACUCGGACAGCGACAGUGAUGGUGGAGACUGGAUCACACCUGGCAAUGUUGCAGAGAAAAAGAAAGAAAUGGAACUCGGAGACUUUGAAGACAAGUCUGUUGAAGUGGCUUGUACAACAUCUGACUUUGCUAUGCAGAAUGUUCUUAAACAAAUAGGACUCAAUGUGACCUCAGUUGAUGGAAGGAUCAUCAAACAUUUACGUACAUUCAUCUUCAGAUGCACAACAUGCUUCAAAACCACAAGUGUGAUGACCAAAGUGUUUUGUCCUAAAUGUGGACACUCUACACUGAAGAAGGUUGGUGUGAGUAUUGAUGACGAUGGUGUACAGCACAUUCACAUCAAUGGUCGGAAACCACUAACAGCUCGGGGUAAGAAGUUCAGUCUUCCUACACCAAGAGGAGGUCAACACUUCCAGUACCCAAUCUUGACUGAAGACCAGCAUAUCCAUAAGAGAUUUGCCACAAAGUUGGCCAGAAAUAAAACUAAUGCUAUGGACCCUGAUUACACAGCCGGGUUCUCACCCUUUGCUGCGAGAGAUGUGAACUCAAAGUCAGCUGUCUUAGGUGUAAGAGCAAACAAGCAAGAUCUAAAGUACUGGAUGAAAAACUGCUACAAAGGAAAGAAGAAAUAA